AUGGAGAUAUUGCCCAUUCACUAUCCCUUUACUUUUCUGCUCAUCACAUUUCUAGUCUUUUAUCAUGUGAAUCCUGCAUUCAGAUAUUUCUGCAAGAUGUCCUUCUAUAAGUUGUGGAUCUUCAUCUUAUCCUGUCUUAUUAUUAUCAUCAGUGUUCCUCGUGGACGUAACGUGGAAAACAUGAAGUUUCUUUGCAUGAUGUUACUGCCACUCAAAUACAUCUUUGGUAUCAAGAUAGUGGUGAAGGGCAAGGAGAACCUCAGAACUAAGAAACCCUUCAUACUUGUGUUGAAUCACCAGACCUCCCUUGACAUUAUGGUGAUGAUGGAGAUACUACCAAGUCACUGUGUGCCCGUUGCAAAGAAGGAAAUCCUAUACAUGGGUACUUUUGGCCUGGCAUGCUAGUUUUCAGGCAUCAUUUUCAUUGACCGAGAAGAGUCUACCAAUACCUUGACAGAGGUGGCGCACUCCAUGCACAAAGAGAAUUUUCGAGUCUUGAUCUUCCCUGAAGGACCCUGUAAUCAUGGUGGAUCCAUGUUGCCCUUCAAACGCGGGGCCUUCCAGUUGGCUGUGCAAGCCCAGGUCCCCAUUAUUCCUGUAGUGAUCUCUUCAUAUGACAACUUCUACAGCCAGAAGAAGAAGAGAUUUACAACAGGAAAAACCACCAUCCAGAUCCUGCCAGAAGUGGAGACCCUUGGCCUGGGCCCAGAUGAUGUUCCCAAGUUCACUGAGCAAGUCCGUGUCUCCAUGCUUGCCACCUAUCAGGAGAUAUCAGGAGUGGUGAAUGGGGCUUCCCACUAA